UGCCGGGACCAAACCCAUCGGCUGAGAACGACAUGAGUGUCACAAUGAUAAUGGUGGGCUGGCUGGUCAUUGCGCUGGUCUUGUUCUUGAUGAGACCCAUCAGCUUACGGAGAUCGAUCACUUCCGAUAAGCCGUCGAGCCCACAUAAUGGACAAGAACCACCAGCUCCACCAGUGGACUGAAGUUUCCCGGAAAAACUCAACAAGUUUAAUCUUCAGCGACCAAAAAAAAGAGCAUUCCUUAUCAUUGUAUAGUAGGGACUUAUUUUGUACAUAGAAUAUCCAUUUUCUUUUUCUAUUUCUUAAGCGACAUUUAAAUGGAUUAACUUAACAUGGUGGGAAGUAACAGCAUUUCAUUGAUGGGUGUUGAACUUAUGUCCACUACAAUAUUUAAAGAAAAAAAAAGUUAAACCUCUCUAUUGAUAAUCAGUUAAUCUCUUAUUCAGACUAGUGGGUUUUCUCUUCCUAUCUAUUUAGAGAUUAAAAA